AUGAAAGCUGGCUGCAGCAUCGUGGAUAAGGCUGAAGGAGGAGGAGGGUAUCACUUCCCAGAAUGGGCUUACAAGACAGAAUCCAGCCCGGGUUCCAGACAAAUCCAGCUCUGGCAUUUCAUCCUGGAGCUGCUGCAGAAGGAGGAAUUUCGUCACGUCAUCGCCUGGCAGCAGGGGGAGUAUGGGGAGUUUGUCAUCAAGGACCCAGAUGAGGUGGCCAGACUGUGGGGUCGGAGGAAAUGCAAACCCCAGAUGAACUAUGACAAGCUGAGCCGGGCCCUGAGAUACUACUACAACAAGAGGAUUCUCCACAAGACAAAAGGCAAGAGGUUCACCUACAAGUUCAACUUCAACAAGCUGGUGAUGCCCAACUACCCCUUCAUCAACAUUCGACCCAAUGCGGACCCCUCGGCCGAGGGUCCCGAACGGAAACCGGAACUCCCGGAACUUCUGGAAGACCCUUCCCCCGAGUGGCGCCGGGAGCUGCUCCCGCCGCGCAGCCCCGCGGGGGGCCCGACCCUCAACCCCCAGAAACGCAAACCCGACAUCGUCCUCCCCUUGUUCAGCCGCCCCGGGAUCUACCCCGACCCCCACAGCCCUUUCUCUGUCUCCCCCAUCCCGGGAGGGCGUCCCGGGGUCCUCAACGUGCCCAUUUCUCCCGCUCUCUCCCUCACUCCCACCCUCUUCUCCUACAGCCCUUCCCCGGGCCUCAGCCCCUUCACGGGAAGCAGCUGCUUCUCCUUCAACCCCGAGGAGAUGAAACACUACCUGCAUUCCCAGGCCUGCUCUGUCUUCAACUACCACCUGAGCCCGAGGACAUUCCCGCGUUACCCGCUCAUGGUGCCUCCUCUCCAGUGCCAGCUCCCCCUGGAAGAGCAGCCCCAGUUCCCCAUCAAGCUCCAACCUCCCCCGGUGGGGAGAAAAAACAGGGAGAGACUGGAAAGCAGCUCCGAGGAGGCUCCUCAACUGGGAAACCCUCCUCCUCCUCCUCCUCUUCCCAGGGUGAAGGUGGAACCGAGCAUGGAGAGGGAAGCGGAAGAGAAGGGAAAAGCUGAGGGAGGUGACGGAGCCAACGCGGGAAGCGCCGCGGAAGAGGAGAAAGGUCCCGUCUUUGCCCGCCCGGCUGCACCAUCUUGGCACCCGACGCCUCCUUUCCAGCCUGAGGAAACCUUGGAGCAAGGAGGAGGAGGAGGAGAAGGAGGAAGUGGAGAAAAACAAGCCCUUCCCAGGGAUGUUCCCGGAGAAACGGGAGGGCAGGAGAAGCGGGAAGAUGCUCUGAUGCCUCCCAAGCUGCGGCUGAAGCGGCGCUGGCACGGGGACCGCGCCGGGGACGCCCCCGAGGAGCAGCAGCCCCCCCAAGGUCGCCCCCACUGCAACGGGACCCCCCAUUUGGUGGUCACCCCCCCCAAGGUGGGGACGACCCCCCUGGUCACCGACACCUAA